UUCAGACGGGUUGACAGUGUUGAUACUUUCAAACUUAUAAAGGGUGUCUGCGCGCUCACACAUCUCAUGUCAAGCGCCUACUAUCGGCGCGCGUUCCCGCGGUGUGCGCUUGGAGCAGCUGUUAGUCGGAUAGUAACUGUGGGUCCUCACAUACUGGAAGAGACGCGUGCGUGGUGAUUAUUACCUUCCUUCGUGAAUAAGACCUUGGGAAACAUUCCAGUCUGUGCGGGACUUUGUGGACGUUCGGUCUCGUGUGGCUGAGAGCGCGGCCGUAAACGAGCACGCUUUUAUCACUGCCUUUGUUUGUUAUGAGUCUGGAUUAGGAUCUCAGGCAGCGGACUGAAGUGCCCGCGUUAAUAAAGGGGCUGAAUUAGGCUGCAGCCUAACUUUUUUCUCGGGGCAGGGAUGUCUUCAGCUGGGGUGGAUUAUAAUGCGCCCUGGUGGACUUACUGGCUUCACAGUUUUCCUCAUAUCAACCUGAGGUUUCAGCCCAUUGACCACAACUUCCAGCCUGAGGAGGAGAACUACCAGCAGUCUCUCAUAUUCCUGGCCUGUGUGGCUGCUGCAGGGCUCGGCCUCAACCUGCUGUGUCUGGCCAUAUACCUGAGUUGUUUGUGCUGCUGCCACAAAGAUGAAGAGGAGGGGAGCAAGAAGCCCAACUCCUGCUGCGUCACCUGGUCCGCUGUUGCUGCCGGCCUCCUCACAUGCGUCGCAGUGGGUGUGGGUUUCUAUGGCAACAGUGAGACCAAUGACGGCGUGUACCAGCUGACCUACUCCCUGUACAACGCCAAUCACACGCUGGGCGGCGUGGACAGUCUGGUGACUGGUACCAUGGGCAGCAUGAAGAGCGGACUGCACCAGCACCUCGCGAGACUGGAUGAGAUCUUCGCCACACGGGGCGACUACGUGCAGACCCUGCAGUUCAUGCAGCAGAUGGCUGACAAUGUGAUCAAGCAGCUUUUGGGCCUGCCUGACUGGGAGGAGGUUAAAGUGGACCUGGCAUCCAUCGCUGAUCAAACGGCCAACAUAGAGUACUACAGGUGGCUCACCUAUUUGCUGCUCCUCAUCCUGGACCUGAUUAUCUGCCUGCUGGCCUGCCUGGGCCUGGCCAAGCAGUCUCGAUGGCUACUCACCACGAUGAUGGUGUUCGGAGUGCUGACACUGGUCCUGAGCUGGACUUCUCUGGGAGUUGACCUGGCCACAGCUGUGGGCACAAGUGAUUUCUGUGUGUCCCCUGACAAGUACCUCAUGAGCCAGACAAAGGGCGUCAUCAGUGCUGAUAUUGUGCAUUACUAUCUGUACUGCAACCACACUCUGUCCAACCCCUUCCAGCAGCCUCUGACCAUCUUCCAGAGAUCUCUGACCACCAUGCAGAUCCAGAUCCAGAGUCUCCUGCAGUUCGCCGUGCCUCUCUUCCCUACAGCCGAGAGAGACCUACUGGGUAUCCAACAUUUGCUUAACUCCUCGGAGGCCAGUCUGCACCAGCUGACAGCCCUGCUGGACUGCAGGGGGCUCAACAAGGACUACCUGGAUGCAAUGGUGGGGGUGUGCUAUGACGGGGUGGAGGGUGUGCUCUACCUCUGCCUCUUCUCUAUCCUUGCAGCCUGUGCCUUCACUGUCAUGCUGUGCGCCAUUCCCAGAGCAUGGAGACAAAUUGCCUGCAGGGAACGUGAUUACGACGACAUCGACGAGGAGGACCCGUUCAACCCACAGGCGAGAAGGAGAGGCUCUCAGAACCCCAACCACACCAACAUGCACAGUUUCUGUAGUUACAGCAGCAGCAUGGGCAGCCAGAACAGUCUGCACCCGCCUGCCCCGGCAGUCUCCAACGCCCCGAUGUCUGAGUACAUGAACCAGACUGCUCUGUUUGGGGGAAACCCACGGUAUGAGAACGUGCCUCUGAUAGGACGAGGUUCUCCACCCCCUUCGAUAUACUCUCAGCAGUAUAGAAACCGAUACUCCCCCACUAUGAGGGCCACCUAUCUGUCCAUGACCGAGGAACAGAGUAGACACUAUGGGAACAAUUUCCAAGCAUAGACUUUAUCAGUUUGAGGAAGAAAACCGCAGCACACAUUCAUCAAGACGGGAGUGUGUGGCUGUUCCAAGCAUCACACAGAAUAGUGUAACAUGUCGUUUGUCCAGGACUCGGGACAGUGGGACAUAUCUGUGCUGUUCUCUGUGUAUUGCGCACACACACAUUUUUAAUCACACUUUUUUGCCCUAAACCCUUUGUGGAGGACCUUGCUAAACAUUUCUGACACGUGCUGUGGAAUUUAACUUGCUCUUAAUCUGUUGUGUUCCUUCACAUGUCUACACAAUUUUUGGAAAAUAAACACUAUAUAUAAACCUUGUUGUCAUGCACUGAGGGGUAAAGGUGUGAUGUGUACCCGAGUCCUUCAGGUAGAACGUAUAGAUGACUAAUAACUUUGAUGAAACAGGGAAAGGAAGCAAUUUUGAAGAUCCAUUUUAAUUUCAGUGCAGUAAAGCUCAGCAGCACAUUCCUUUUGAAAGAGGUUUUUCCUUCUAGAAUCCUCCAGAUCUUUGAAACAAUGGUGUGUGUUACAUUUGACAACGUACAUGCAGGUCUCCAAAGAGGAAAAUGUGGACGAUGUUGAUUUGAACAUGUCAUAUUAUUUUCUAUGUCUCUAUCUGUAUCCUGUUAUUUCUAUGCUUGACAGCUGUGAAGCACAAACCCAGCACUGGAGGCACACACUGGGAGGUACUGUUGAAGAAUAAUUUAUUUACAUUCAUACACACAGAUACACCUGCGAGUGAAGCUUUACGUUUUUAUGGAGAUGAAACUACCUUGAGACCAUGGCUUCUGUAAAUAAGUUGUACAAUAACAGACUGUUGUCUUACUCUGAUAUUCUUUGGUGUAAACAAUGUGGGGUUUUUUUAAAUAUAUUUUUUCUAGUUUUUGUGGUGAUGUCACAUAGGAUCACUAUUUUUCAUAUUUUUAAGAGCCAUUAAUUUAUGUUCUCUGCAUAUCUAAUCCCACUAAUACAAUAAGGUUGUAAUUUCUCCUUGGAAGCUGUGCUGCUCUAACUAUGAUUAAUGAGAAUAUUCAGGUAUUAGUUUCACCAGUUCAAACCAUCCAAACGCUACAUUUGUACUGCCUAACAAAUCCUUUCUGUAUGGAUUUAAUACAUGCAGUUUUGUUGAUUAAUAAUUACUUUUAAGUGUUUUGGCAUGUUAUACUGGCACUGAGAGUGGUGCUUAAUUUUGUGUGAGACCCCAAAUUGUGGGGUCUAAUUAUGAGGUGAAUAAACCAGUUUUGAGUAAAGGUUGAUGUGCCCUUAUUUUGUUGCUUGGGUGCAUAAUCAUACAGGGAAAUACAUUAGGAUUUAGGGGUGCACUGAACCGAAACAACUGCGUGGACUUCUUUUAGCCUUACUAAUGUAUUUUUAAGACAUGCUAAUCUACUGAACAUACAUUAUAUAAUCCAUACCAACCCACACUGCUGUUUACACACUGUAUUGU